CCUGCAGGGUGUGAGUACUAGAGCUGGGGCCUCAGCCAGGAAGAAGGCAAAGGGGGUCCUCCCCCCCCAUCCCCCAGGCUUUUCUGCAUCCCACUUCUUUUUCGAGGGGCUUUCUGGAGGGCCAGUGGGGCUGUUGCUGCCUUAUGCCCUGUGAGAGGGAGGCAGGGGGGCUUGUCUUAUGCACCCCUCUGUAGACCCCCGACACCUCAAGCUGCUGGUGGGGGAUGCUCACAAGGCAUUUCUCUUGGGUCUUGCUCCGGUAGAGGUGAAAGCAGACUCCUUUGGGGGCUGCCCUGAGCUUUCACUCCCCCGAGGAAGGUCCCUUCACCAAGACAGACCUGUGCCCACUCUGCCCCCAGCGUAGAGCCUUCAAGAGCUGCCUGGGGCACGGCCAGUUUGGGUCCCAGGCAGGACACGAGGUUGUGGUGUCUUGCAGGCUGUUUACUGAAGAAUGGACCCGGCGACCUAUGCUGAGUAUUUGAAAGAAUCUGGAAACCAGAUUUUUAAGAGUGGGAACUUCUCCUUGGCCAUCAGAAAAUAUGAUGAGGCCAUCCAGGUGCUGCUGCAUUUGUACCACUGGAUCCCCCGGAGAGACCUGGCCGUGCUUCUCUGCAACAAGUCCAACGCCUUUUACAACCUGGGGAAAUGGAACGAAGCCUUUUAUGCCGCCAAAGAGAGCCUGCAGUGGGAUCCCUCUUACGUCAAGGGCUACUACCGGGCCGGCUACUCGCUCCUGCAGCUCCUGCAGCCCUACAAGGCCGCGCAGAUGUUCCUGGAGGGCCUGCGCAUCCUCCAGAGCUCCCCAGACCAGGUGCCGAUCUCCGACCUCAUCGUGGGCAUCUUCACCACCAUCAGCGGGGAACAUGUCAUCCUGCGCAGCUUCUUGCCCUUCUUCGAGAAGAUCUUCAGUGUGGGCUUCGACGCGAGCGUUUGGCAGGCGGUCAUCGAGAAGCUGGCCAAGAAGGGGCUGUGGCACUCCUUCCUCCUGCUGUGCACUAAGAAGGAUAAGUUGCCCCGUGACCUGAGGGUGCCCGACCUGUCCCUGAAGGGUCUCUUUGAGAAAUACGUCCUCUUCGGGCACUACGAGAAGAUGGAGCACGUGCCGAAGCUGGUACAGUGGCUGAUCUCGCUGGGGGCCAGCGUCCAGAGCAUCGGGCCCUACCCCCUUCACGCCAUCAUGAAGCUCUGCAUCCAAGCGAAGGAAAACCACCUGUUCCGGUGGCUGAUGGACCAGAAGCCCGAGCUGAGAGCAGACAUUAACCAGACGGAUGCCGACGGCUGCACCGUCCUGCACGUCGUUGCCUCUCACUGCUCCGGGUACCUCGGCAGACGCCAGACCGAAGAUGUGCAGAUGCUCCUGUACUUGGGGAUAGACCCCACCAUUGUGGACAAGCAGGCGCGCUGCGCCAUUGAUAUCCUCAAGCGCAACAAGAACUUCAAGGCCGUCGACAAAAUCAACUCCUUCUUGGAUAGCCGGAGGCGGGGCUGCGCCAAGGGCGCUUCAGGUGUGGGAAACCCGCGAUGUCACCAGUGUGUUACAGGGCAGAACGUGAGCGAUGCCUCUCUGCGCGAGAGCCACGCCUUUCUGGACAUCCUGGAACCCUUCAUCCAGUACCUGUGUACGGAGAACUGGUCCCAGCAGAAGGGGCUGCUGAAGCACGAGGUGGUCCAGAGGUUCCUGCACCUUCUGUCCACUAUCCAGGUCCUCCCCCCUCACGUCGUUUGUGAGUUCAACCACGUGUGCGCCAGCGCCUUCAUCCGGCUGCUGCUGGAGAAGCAGAAGUGGCACGAGGUCCUGCUGCUGCUCACCGGCAAGGCCAACGACGAGUCGUCUGUGGCCGACGGCCUCAUUAAGAACUGCAACUUCUCCGACCUGGACAUCCGCACUGUGAUCCAGCACCUCAGCCACUGGGACCGGCGCCGCAUUUACCUCCUGGGCUGUCUGAUCGACUGUGGUGCCCCUACAGAGGGGCUGAACAGGAACCAAGACCAUGAAAGACCACUCACGAUGUGCUUGAAAAGUGGGGAUUAUCAGCUGGCCUUCCUGUUGUUGACCAAGGGCGCGGACCCCCGGGGCAUGACCCUCACAGAAGGGGACAUGCCUCUCCACGUGGCGCUGUUCAUUUACUUGGAUAAGCGAGCGGACAUUGGCUUCACUUUCCUGAGUCACCUGCUGGACCUGUACAGCUCCAGCCCGUCAGAUUUCUCCUUCCUGAACCCCAACGCGCAGGACGCCAACGGGAACACGGUGAUGCACGUCAUCUUCCAGAAGGGGAUGCUGAGGCGCGUCAGGAAGGUGAUGGACUUGCUGGCCGGCUUUGACAUCGACUUCACCCUCAAGAACAAGGAGGGCAAAGACGUCCGGCACCGCGUCAAGAAGAACGACUCUCUGCUGCUGACCUGGAAGAAGGCCGUGAUGGAGAACCGCAAGAAGGUCCGGCCGGACUCGAUCUCCUCGCACCCUCCACGCCUCCUCAAGACGCCGCCCGCCAGCCCCACGCAGCAGCGGAAGAACGCAGCCCCGUCCGCCCCGCGGCUCGCGCCGCCGGGGAACACGUCCCCGGGGGCUCCGCGGGGCGAGGGGCGGGCCCCCGACGGCCGGGCCAAGGGCGGGGCUCCAGGCGCCGGGCGGCCGGGAGCCGAGGGCGGCAAGCCCUUCGCUCUGCGGGACAGUCUGGUGCAGGCCAUCCUCGCCCUGAUCCAGCAGAUGGAGCUGGGCCCCCUGGGCCCCGAGGACGCGCCUCUGUCCGCCAAGCCCACCCCGACGGCGGCCACGGGUGAAGGGAGCCGCGAGGACCGCGUGGCGCCGGAAGACAGCGGGAGCGAGACGCCCGGCGAGGAACCUCCUCCCCUGCCCAAGCCGGAAGCCGGGGACGCCCGGCCCCCGCCACGGCCGGAGCCCCCGCCACCCCCAGCGGACGGGGAGGAGGAGCGGCGGGGCGGGGGCGCGGAGGAGGAGGUGGAUGCCCCCGCGCAGCCGCCAGAGGGCUACCUGCCGGACUUUGACAACAUGACCUGGGAGAUCGAGUGCACGUCGGAGAUGCUGAAGAAGCUGGCGAGCAAGGCCGUGACGCGGGUGCUCAAGAAGAAGAUCGUGCUGGCCAUCCAGCACCUGGGCAACGGCGAGUGGACGCAGGGCCUGCAGAAGCGGCUGCGGCACCUGCACGGCGACAUCCAGCUCUACGAGGCCAAGCUGGACAAGGGGGCCCGCAUGCUCUGGGAGCUGGCCAUCGACUUCUCGCCGCGCUGCAGUGAGAACCCCGAGAAGAUCAUCGCCACGGCGCAGGCCGCGCACCCCCUGGAGAAGUCGGGCGGCGUCUACACGGAAAUCAUCCGCAUCUGGGACGUGGUGCUGGACCACUGCAAGCUGAACGACGCCAUCAGGGCUGUCUGCGCGGCCUACAACCGCGGCCUGUCCUGCAUCCUGCGCAAGAAGCUGAAGGGCAUCCACACGGGCCGGCUCUCCUCGGGCCUCAAGGUCCAGAAGCGCAUCCCGCGCUGCUACGUGGAGGACAAGGACGCGGCGGACGGCGGGGGCCGCGAGCGCACGGUGCCCGAGUACUUCCCGCCUGCCAGCGCCGUGGCCACCGAGUACAACAUCAUGAAGUUCCACAGCUUCAGCACCAGCAUGGCGCUCAACAUCAUCAGUGACUCCGCGGCACCUGCCGAGUACCCCUUCCGGGUGGGCGAGCUGGAGUACGCCGUCAUCAACCUCAAUCCGCGGCCCCCGGAGCCUAUCAUCCUCAUCGGCCGCAGCGGCACCGGCAAGACCACGUGCUGCCUCUACCGCCUCUGGAAGCGGUUCCACUCCUACUGGGACAGGGCGGACCGGGCGGGCGGCCCGCUGCUGGCCAGGCACGUGUGGCGGCAGCGGGCGGGCCAGGCGGCCGAGGAGGAGGAGGAGGCGGCGGCGGCGGAGGCCGCCGGGGAUGCCGAUGCCGACGAGGACGAGGACGAGGAGGACGGGGGGCCCCCGGAGCCCGAGACCGCGGACGGUGUCGAUGAGGACCCCGAGGACGAGUCGGCGUCCGGCGGCCCCGACCCCGACCCGGCCGAGCCCGCGGAUGAGGCGGCCGAGCCCGCGCGGGCCGUGCCGCUGGAGCACCUGCGGCAGGUCUUCGUCACCAAGAACCACGUCCUGUGCCAGGAGGUGCAGAGGAACUUUGUGGAGCUGACCAGGUCCAGCAAGGCCACCAGCCACUUCCGGCCGCUGGAGCCCACUGUCCACCGACUGCAGGACGUCAGGGAUGAAAGCUUCCCGCUGUUCGUGACCUCGCGGCAGCUGUUGCUGCUGCUGGACGCCUCCCUGCCCAACCCCUUCUUCCUGCGGAACGAGGAUGGCAGCCUGAAGCGCAACAUCCUGGGCUGGUCGGCGCACGAGGAGGCCGCCAUCCCCAACUGGCAGGAGGAGGACGAGGCCGGCGAUGGCGACGGCGACUACGGCGAGGAGGACAAGGCCUCGGAGGCGUGCGGUGGCGAGACCGACCCCCGCGUCUUCGUCACCUACGAGGUCUUCGCCAACGAGAUGUGGUCCAAGAUGGUGAAGGGCAAGACGCCGUACAACCCGGCGCUGGUGUGGAAGGAGAUCAAGUCCUUCCUAAAGGGCUCCUUCGAGGCGCUGAGCUGCCCGCAGGGCAGGCUGACCGAGGAGGCCUACCAGAAGCUGGGCCGCAAGCGCUCGCCCAACUUCAAGGAAGACCGCGGCGAGAUCUACGCGCUCUUCUGCCUCUACCAGCGCAUCCGCUCGCAGCAGGGCUAUUUCGACGAGGAGGAUGUCCUCUACAACCUGUCUCAGCGUCUCUCCAAGCUGCGCGUGCUCCCCUGGUCCAUCCACGAGCUCUACGGCGACGAGAUCCAGGACUUCACACAGGCCGAGCUGACCCUGCUGAUGCUCUGCAUCAACGACCCCAACGCCAUGUUCCUCACGGGCGACACGGCGCAGAGCAUCAUGAAAGGCGUGGCCUUCCGCUUCAGCGACCUGCGCUCGCUCUUCCACUACGCCAGCAAGAGCUGUGUGGACCAGAAGCGCUGCCCCGUGCGCAAGCCCAAGCGCAUCUACCAGCUCUACCAGAACUACCGCUCCCACUCAGGCAUCCUCAACCUGGCCUCAGGGGUGGUCGACUUGCUGCAGUAUUACUUCCCCGAGUCCUUCGAUCGUCUCCCGAGGGACGCUGGUCUCUUCGACGGCCCCAAGCCCACCGUGCUGGAGUCCUGCAGCGUCAGUGACCUGGCCAUCUUACUUCGAGGCAACAAGAGGAAAACCCAGCCCAUCGAGUUUGGAGCCCACCAGGUGAUCCUCGUCGCCAACGACGUGGCCAAAGAGAAGAUCCCCGAGGAGCUGGGCCUGGCUCUGGUGCUGACCAUUUAUGAGGCUAAGGGUUUGGAGUUUGAUGACGUUCUCUUGUACAACUUCUUCACGGACUCAGAGGCGUACAAAGAGUGGAAGAUCAUCUCCUCAUUCACUCCGUCGUCCGAGGGCCGCAGCGAGGAGAACAAGCCGCUGGUGGAAGUGUCCUUGGAGAGGACGCCCACGUCCCCGAGCCGGCCCCAGCUGCUCAACAUGGAGGCCUACAAGCUUCUCAAUGGCGAGCUGAAGCAGCUGUAUACGGCCAUCACGCGCGCCCGCGUCAACCUUUGGAUCUUUGAUGAGAACAGGGACAAGCGGGCGCCCGCCUUCAGAUACUUCAUCAGGAGAGACCUCGUCCAAGUGGUCAAGACGGACGAGAACAAAGACUUUGAUGACAGCAUGUUUGUGAAGACGUCGACCCCGGAGGAGUGGAUCGUGCAGGGAGAUUACUAUGCCAAGCAUCAGUGCUGGAAGGUGGCCGCCAAGUGUUACCAGAAGGGAGCUGCCUUCGACAAGGAGAAGCUGGCCCUGGCCCACCAUGCCGUCCUCAAUGUCAAAUCCAAGAAAGUCAGCCCCAAGGAGAAGCAGAUGGAGUACCUGGAGCUGGCCAAGACCUACCUGGAGUGCGGCGAGCCCAAGCUGUCCCUGAAGUGCCUGGGCUAUGCCAGGGAGUUCCAGCUGUCUGGCCUCCUCUGUGAGAAGCUAGGAAAGAUCAAAGACGCCGCCUACUUUUACAAGAGAAGCCAGUGCUACAAGGACGCCUUCCGCUGCUUUGAGCAGAUCCAGGAGUUUGAUCUUGCCCUCAAGAUGUACUGUCAGGAGGGGCUUUUUGAGGAGGCCGCACAGGCCGUGGAGAAGUACGAGGAGAUGCUGAGGGCCAAGGCGCAGCCCGUGUCUAAACUGUCCUAUUCCGCGAGCCAGUUUUACCUGGAGGCCGCAGCCAAGUACUUGAACCUGAACAAGACCAGAGAAAUGAUGUCCGUCCUCUCCAAGCUCGACAUCGAGGACCAACUGGCCUUCCUCAAGUCCCGCAAGCACCUGGCCGAGGCUGCCGCCCUGCUGAAGGGGGAGGGCCGCCACGAGGAAGCGGCCCUGCUCAUGAAACAGCAUGGCUUCCUGCGGGAGGCAGCGCGGCUCACGGCCGAUGAGGACUUCCGCGCCUCCUGCCUGCUGGAGGCCGCGCGCCUCAACGUGGCCCGGGGCUCCGACCUGGAGGACACCAAGACCAUCCUGAAGGAGGCGCUGGCGCUCUGCUACCAGACAGGGCAGCGCACGGGCAUUGCCGAGGCCUACUUCCUGCAGGGGGUCCUGCUCAAGGACUUCCCGCGGCUCGAGGUGGCCUUCUACAAGUUCAUUCACCUCAACCACCCCGCAGGUGCGGUGGAGGCGCUCUAUGAGGUCAUGUGCCACUGCCGGCCAGGCGCCGACGAGCUGCUGGCCCUGGCGCUGGAAGGCCUGGAGGCGCUGCUGCACCUGGUCAGGGCCCUCAAGAGGGUGAACAGCAACGCCGAGAAGGAGAUGGUCAAGUCAUGCUUUGAGUUCUUCGGCAUCUCGCAGGUGGACGCCGGGCACUGCCAGAUGUCCCAUGGCGAGCCCGGGCCCAUCCUGAAGAUCGUCCUGGACCUGAACCCGGGCUUGCAGGAGAAGGCGGCCAGAGAUCACCUGCUGGUGGCCGUCGACGGCGUCAGGCUGGCCCUGACCAGGCACCUGCUGGCGCGGCUGUGUGAGAUCUCGCGGGGCCUGCUGGGCGCCACCUACCCCGGUGUCUGCGGCAGGUUUGUCGCCGGCCUGGGGUGCGAAGACCCCUCCUGCGAGGACUUCCACCGGCCCCUGCGGCGCGGCGAGGCCAGGACCAUCGUGCAGUCGCGGAUGCACCUGGCCGCCCUCAACGGGCUGCUGCUGGAGGCCAAGCGGGUGUUCCCCAGGGUGCUGGCGCCCGAGCUGGAGGAGAUUGACGACCUGCUGCCGGCCGAUGCCUACGGCCUCUGCGGGGCCCUCCUCGACGUCGUCUUCCCUAAGCACUUCCACCAGAGGGUGAUGUCGGAGAACCCCGUGGCGUGCCGGGAGAUGCUCCGGCCCAGCUACCGCUCCGUCAGGGCCUACCACGGGGCCCUCAGGGAGUAUGUGCGCUUCCGCUUCCGGUACGAGCGCGCCCGCAGCCGGCGCGAGUCCACGGACCUGUGGCUGAGCGCCAUGUGGGCCCUGGCGCUGUCCUCCGGCUACCCCGAGGAGCUGGAGAAGCUGCUGCUCCAGGUGGAGGAGGACUACGGCCAGGAGCUGAGGGCGCUGGCCGCGGAGCCCGACGACUGGGCACGGGCCAAGGGUGUGGAGGGCCGCUGCGGCAUGCUGCUGCCCCGCAAGGACGAGGAGAGCGCCGAGAAGACGCACCUGUGCUUUAUCCGGCUGCUGCAGAGCUCCAUGGACCGGCUCUACGUGUCCCGCGACCCCGAGGACUGCAAGCGCCUCUUUUUCCGCUUCAUGAACGUGCUGGUGCGGCGCUGCAGGGAGCCAUUUGUCCCCGCCGUCGGCCACACGCUGGCACUGCUUGAGUUCCAGUUCGUGCACUGCGGCGCCGUGCUGGCCCGCCUCUGGAAGGGCGCCGCGCUCUGCCUGCCACGCAGCUACAUCGCCCUCAUGCACCACUGGGACUACCUGUUUGGCAGGAGGGACGAGGACAGGGAGCCGUGCAACGUCUUCGCCAUCAUCCAGGAGUACAAGCCCAAGGACGUGAGCCGCGCCGUCCGCGCCUUUCGCUUCCACCUCGCCUACCUGGCCCGCGUGCUCUGCGGCUGCGAGAACGGCGACUUCGACGUCCUGCUGGACGCCUUCGGCGACGUCCGCCACGUGGAGUCCGGCGAGGCCGAGCGCGCCGUCGUCCUGUGCCUCGUCAUGCUCGUCAACGCCGACGUGGUCGUGCGGCCGUGCUACAAGCCCGUGCUGUGCCGCCACUUCCAGGAGAUCGCCUCCCGGCUGCGGCUCAUGCGCACCGAGUUCCCCUCCGGGGUGCCCCUCAGGCUGCUGAGGGUGGUGGACAGGGUGCUGGCUGCCGCGGACAUGAAGGCGGUGGCCGAGGCCCUGCAGGCCCUCCUCUACGAGCGCGACGAGGAGUUCCUGGUGGACUGCUACUGGCGCUGGGACCCGGGCCACGGCAGGGGCCCCGUGGCGCGGGGCCUCUACUUUGAGGAGGUGAACCUGAACCGGCUCCUCGGUCUCCGGCCCACGGAGUCCUUCGUGGUCGACCCCGAGGCCGAGUGCGACCGCGAUGAGCCCGCGGAGGAGAGGGAGGAUGUGCUCGCCUCCAUCGUCUUCCAGAAACGGCGGAGGGAGCUGCAGAAGAUCUCCAGCUGCCGCCAGCUCUGGAGGGUCUGCCUCCUUGUCUCCCUCUGCAUCCGGUGGCGGCGGCGGGCGCGCGCCAAGGCGGAGCCCUUCUGGGAGGAGCCACGCGAGCCAGACGCCGGCAACUUCAGGAGGGCAGACGUGGACCGGACGCAGUGCGACCUGUGUGGGGUCAAGUUCAUUCAGGGCCUGGAGAACUACUUUAGACUGAGGGAGGCCUUCGAGGCCGAGUCGGCGGAAGCCCUGAUGCCCGUGGAGGCCGAGCCCACGGAGAAGGACGUGUUGGAGGGGAGUGCGGACGUGGAGGCCGGCGAGUCCUAUGAGGAGCACGUGCGCCUCGAAGCCCACCAAAAGCAGCACGCGGCCUACCGGCGGUACCUGGAGUUCUUCAGCGCGAGGGUGGACCCGGCCAUCGGCGAGGGCAAGCUGGUUGUGAGGAGCGUCGCGCAGAGCGCCGGGGCCGAGAGCCACCUGGGCGCCCAGGAGCACAACAAGGUUCUUCAGAGAAAGAUCCUGGAGAAUAUUAAAAGGGUCUUGGAUGCGGUGGAGGACAUCUACAGGAGGAAGGCCUGGGCUGAUGCCGAGGAGACGAUGACUAGGCUGGUUAACAUUUUGGCCCAUUCUGUCAGUGAUGCUCGGAAGUGGCUGAUGAAAACGGAGGACCGUUUGAAGGAGGAAGGCAUUGUUCAGGAAAAUGAAUACGAGAACGACAUGGAUGACUUCGGGGAGCUCCGACCCAGGAGGUUCUCCAAGAAGCGCGGCUGGCGCUGGAGACACUGAUGCCCUGCGCCUCACUGCGCAGCGCCCCGCCAGACGGCUGUACAUAGUGUAAAGAAGGCAAGCUAGGCCUCUGCGUUUUACCUGUUUGUUGCCUUGUUGUUCUCUCGGGGCCCACCCGCCUUCAGCGCCGAUCGAGGGGAUUUCCCGCACCAGACUCCCAUGGGCCUGGCCUCCUGGAAGCCCAGGGGGCUCCUGCACCUGAGACGUCGCUAGACCAGAGAACCAGAGAACGGUGGAGGUGGGCGGCCGGCCCUCGUGGCCUGGCCCAGCCCCUUGGAGCAGCCGCCGGCACCGCCCCUCCUGCCCUGUGUCAGCGGCACGUGGGCACAACUGUAAAUAGGAGGCGCCAUGUGCCCGAGGUAUGCCGCGCUCUUCUUGCACACAGGGAUGCUCCGUGGGUGGGAGCAGGAGCCGUGCCUUCCUGGCCCUCCCAAUGCCCAUCUCCAUCUGCCCCUCUCUCCCGCCCCAGACCACCCCGCAGGCUGCAUGGAGCCGUGGGGAGAGGGUCUGGGCCAGACGUUCUCUCUUAGGCAGCCCUCUUUGGAAGCAAAGCCUGCCUUUCCUCGGUCUCGACAGCCGGCCUCAGCUUCCUGCGCUGACCGAGACGUGCCUACCUCAGAAUUAGGUCAGGAAUGUCCUUUCCCUGUGUCCUAUGGAGUCCUUGUUCUCUGUGCCCUUCCGGGGGAGGCCCCGUGCCCCGCAGCUCAGCCUGCCUUACGGGCGGUCGCCCACCCCAGUACUAAUGAAGGCGAGCCCCUGCCCCCUUUCUGACGGAGCUCGACGCUGCGCCUCCUCCUCUCCAGCCGCCCUCUGUCCGGCCCUGCGUCCUUCCGUGUCCGGUGCAGGCUCGGAUGAUGAAAGGGGCCCACCCUUUGCUGAGCACGCCAGGGCUCACAGAGCGCGUGAGGAGAGGAAAUGCCGGCCUGCCUUGAGUGCCUGAAAGGAAGGGAGGCUGCAUGUGCCCUCAGCUGCCCUCCGUCACCUCUGUCUGCUGCGUCCUUUCGCUUUCUCUUUGCUUUGUCCUUCGCUGCCCACGCGGGGCCUCCCGUAGGCCCUUCCGCCCCUGCAGUUGUCUCUUUCUGUUCCUCGGUUUUGUUCCAGACGUUUUUAUAGCUCUUACUUGCCAAAAACAAAACCAAACAAAAAUAUUGUUGUAUAUCAAGUUUUUAUAAAUCCAGAUGGUUUCUCUUA